GGCGACGGCCGCCAUGAAAAGGCAUGAACGCCGCCCGUCGCCAUAGAGACGGGGGCCGACGGCGGCCGGCAGGGGCCCGGCGGCGCCGAGCGCAGACGGCGCAUGCGCGGCGCGAGGGGGCGGCGGGGACGAUGGCGGCCAUGAUGGCGGGGGCGUCGUCGUCUUCGUCGCCGUCCUCGUCCCAGCCGGGCCCGUCGGCCCCGCCGCUGUACAACCUCCUGGCGGAGAUCGGGCGGGGCAGCUACGGGGUGGUGUACGAGGCGUCGGCGGCGUGGGGUCCCGGGGGCUCCCGGGUGGCGGUGAAGAAGGUGCGCUGCGACGCCCCCGAGCAGGUGGAGCUGGCCCUGGCCGAGCUGUGGGCGCUGAGCAGCCUGCGCCGCCGCCGCCACCGCAACGUGGUGCGGCUCGACGACUGCGUCCUGCAGCGCCGCGGGCUGGCGCAGCGCAUGCGCCACGGCCACGCCGCCUCCCAGCUCUACCUGCGCCUCGUCGAGACCUCCCUCAAAGGGGAGCGGAUCCUGGGGUCGGCGGGGGAGCCGUGCUACCUGUGGUUCGUCAUGGAGUUCUGCGAGGGCGGCGACCUGAGCCGCUACGUGCUGUCCCGCCGGCCGGACGCGGCCACCACGCGCAGCUUCCUGCUGCAGCUGAGCAGCGCCGUGGCCUUCCUGCACGAGAACCGCAUCGUCCACCGCGACCUCAAGCCCGACAACAUCCUGGUGACCGAGCGGUCGGGCCCGCCCGUCCUCAAGGUGGCCGACUUCGGGCUCAGCAAGGUCUGCGCCGCCGCCUCCUCCGCCGCCGCCCCGGGCCCCGACGACCAGUUCUGGCUGUCGUCGGCCUGCGGGUCGGACUUCUUCAUGGCCCCCGAGGUGUGGGAGGGCCACUACACCGCCAAGGCGGACAUCUUCGCCCUGGGGGUCAUCAUGUGGGCCCUGCUGGAGCGGAUCACCUUCGUCGACGCCGAGACCCAGCGGGAGCUGCUGGGCGGCUACGUGCGCCAAGGGGCCGAGAUCGUGCCCCUGGGCGAGGCCCUGCUGGAGAACCCCCGCCUGGAGCUGCCCAUUCCCCGGCGCCGCCGCUCCGCCAUGGGGGAGGGCGUCCGCCGCCUGCUCAAGGACAUGCUGGCCGCCAACCCCCAGGACCGGCCCGACGCCCGGGACCUGGUGGCCCGCGUCGACCGCGUCACCCUCGGGUCGCCCGAGCGGUGAACGCUCCGGAGAUUCCGCCAUCCACCGGCGCCGCCCCCCUCUCCCUCGUCUUCCCCUUUUCCCUCCGUCUCCCCGGCCCCCGUGAUGGACAGAUUCUAUGUGACGCGGGGGGUCGCCCCCGCGGACCCCCAAAUACAGCCCGGAAGAGGUGGCGUUUCGCAUUCCAGCUCUUGGAGGGGGGUCAGGUGUGUCUUCCCGGGUCCCUGUCGGACCCCCCGGGGGAGGGAGGGGGGUGGGUUAGGCGCUUGUUGGGAUCCGGGGGGGGCCGAAGGAUGCUCGUCUGUAUCUGGGGGUCCGCACACGGUCGCCCCGUCGGCCUCGACCGCCCGCUCACACCCUCCCACGUCUCUCAGAGACAUCUCUCGCCCAGACGGCUCCUUGUCUCUGCUUCCAAAACCACCGGAAAACCCACCCCGUUCCCCCCCCAAAUCCCCCCCGGCUCCCCUCAGGCAAGGCUUUUGAGCCCUCUCCCCUGCUGACCUUCGACCUCUAGGCCCAACCAAGCCAUAGAGGUUUUCCCUCCCCUCCCUCUAUGCACGGGGCAGCCCUCUCCGCCGCCCCCCGAAAUUUCAGUCCGGUGUCGGGGAGGAGACGGGUGGGAGGGGAGCCCCACAUCCCGGGCCCCGCUCGGAGAUCUCUUCCCCCCGACCCAAGUGCCUUACCCUGGCCCGGCCCUUUCUCCCGCCAACCGGGCCCCCCCCCCCCCCAGCGUUUAGCACAGCACCGGACGUCCACUGUGCGUUUGGCCCGUGGCAACCGUGCCGGGGACCCCCCGCCCUCACCCUCUCCGGCCUGGCGCCCACCGGGCCACCUUGGGACGCUCCAUCGCGACCUCGGGCCUGUCCUUCCGGCUCCAGCCUGGCCCCCACGCGGGGAAGACCCCCGGGGAGGGUGUCCCCCCCCAUCCCAAGCGCUUAGUACGGUGCUCUGCACACAGAGCUCAAUAAAUGCCAUUGAAUAAACGAGUCCCCGAGGAGGAGAGCAGGCCGGGCCAUGGUUGCCCGAAGGAUGCCCUCCGCAGUGGGGGCACCGCAGCAGGGGGAUUCCCCCCAAGGAGAGGGGCGGAGGGGGCUUCAGGGGGCCGGUCUUUACCUCCCUCCAUCCCCGUCUCAGAAAAACAGUCCGGACGGAGCACUAAAACCCCGUUAUAGGUCAUUUUUUAAAUGUUUCCAAAAAGACGGGAAAGGAAAAAGGGGCCCGGCGACGGCGAGAGAUGGGUUGGACUCCCCCCAAAACCCGAAGCCCCCUCCACAUCCACAACCUCCCCCGGCCGGAAGACGAACGGAACAAGUUCAGAAAUCUAUUUUUAUUUCCUUUCCUUUUUUUUUUUCCUCUCUCUAUAUAAUAUGUUAUUAUUAUUAAUAAUUCUUGGCACAGAAGCUGGUAUCCCGGGACCCACCUACGUGUGAGCGACUUUAUGGGAAUUUUUUUUUUUUCUUCCUUUUUGUACUUGGGUGGAUGCGAGGGGUCGUAUUUAAGUUCUUUCGAACGCCGAGGUGGGGAGUGAGUGGGCGAAGGGGUUUUGUGGCGUUUAUUCAAACGUUCGUGUGAAUAAAGAGACUGGGUGAGUUGAAAAGCCAUAUGCAAAGCAAUGCACA